AUGGCGGGAAGCAUUUUACCUAAAACACUAGUUGGCCAUGAAAAGGGGGGUAUAGCUUUCUUUUGGAGCUGGUCGUAUUGGAGUACUUUUGCAUUGACCUGGGCUGUGGUUCCCACUAUUCAGGGUUAUGAAGAUGCUGGAGAUUUCACGAUGACUGAAAGACUAAAAACUAGCAUGCGAUAUAACUUAUUCUUUUACACGUGUGUGGGUUCGAUUGGCCUUCUUGGGCUUAUUCUGCUUGUCAUUAUGCAUGGAAACUGGAGCGGUGGUAUUGUGGGCUUUGCCAUGGCCUGUUCAAAUACCUUUGGGCUUGUAACUGGUGCAUUUCUUCUUGGCUUUGGUCUGAGUGAAAUACCAAAGAGCAUCUGGAGGAAUGCAGAUUGGAGUAACCGCCAAAAAGUUCUCUCCCAUAGGGUUGCAAAAAUGGCUGUGAACCUUGAUGAUGCUCAUCAGGAAUUUUCAAAUGUGAUUGUGAUUGCACAAGCAACAUCAAAGCAAAUAUCCAAGCGUGACUUUUUAAGACAAUACAUGGAUGUCAUUGACAGGAUGCUGCUUCAAAUGAUACGGGAAGAUCCUUCUUUUAAGCCAUCUGGCGGUAUGUUUGGAGAGAAUGAUAUGGAUUAUGAUACCGAUGACAAAACGAUGGCUGCACUUAGGCGGCGGCUUAGAAAAGCUCAAGAGGAGUAUUACAGAUACAGGAGUGAAUACGUUGCCUCUGUCAUGGAGGCCCUUGAGCUGGAAGAUACAGUGAAGAAUUAUGAACUUCGCAACGCUACUGAAUGGAGAUACGUUUCAAGUUUAAGAGGAAGACAUGCUGGCAAGUUUGGGUCCUUUCUUGAUACAAUAGAGCUGGUUUGGCGUUGCAUACUAAGGAAGCAACUGGAGAAACUCUUAGCUGUAGUGCUUGGUUGCAUGUCAGCUGCUAUUCUCUUGGCCGAGGCUACAAUUUUGCCAAGUGGAGUUGAUCUAUCUUUUUUCUCCAUUCUUAUAAACGCAGUGGGUAAACAGGAGAUGGUGGGACAGAUAGCAGCAUUUGUUCCUCUGAUGUACAUGUGCAUCUGCACAUACUAUUCCUUGUUCAAGAUUGGGAUGCUGAUGUUCUAUUCAUUAACACCACGACAGACAAACUCAGUCCGCUUGCUUAUGAUUUGUUCAAUGGUCGCGAGAUAUGCACCUCCAAUUUCUUAUAACUUUCUUAACCUCAUACGUCUUCGAGGCACCAAAACUGUUUUUGAAAAGAGAAUGGGAAAUAUUGACGAUGCUGUCCCUUUCUUUGGAAAAGGAUUCAACAAAAUCUAUCCACUUAUCAUGGUUAUCUACACCUUACUGGUUGCAUGUAAUUUCUUUGACCACGUAAUUGAUUAUUUCGGUAGAUGGAUAAAGAUCAAGUUCCAAAAUGAGGAGGAGGAUAUGGACGGUUAUGAUCCAUCAGGUGUAAUUAUCCUGCAGAAAGAGAGGUCUUGGCUUGAACAGGGACAUAAAGUUGGUGAGCUAAUCAUACCAUUGGCAAGGAUCUUCUACAGUACGAAUGAGGAUGUUGAGUCUGCCAGUGAACUACCGGAAGAGGAUAAGCAAAAAGUUGCAGCUGAUAUUCCAUCCAAGGAAGUUCGCAAAGGGAGUCAACCAGUGGCCCCAAAAGAACAAGAAACCGUUACAAAUAAACCACCAAGACUAGAAUCUAAAGAGAAGUCAAAAUCUCAUGAUUCACUCUUAUUACUCGAUGAAGUAAAUGCACAGAUGCAGUCCAGAAACUCAGGUGCAGGUCCAUCAAUGCGAGGGGUAUCUGAUGCUUGGGUAUCAAUGAAGAAUGGCUUCCAGAAGUUCAAGAUCAAAAUCGAGCAGAAGAGGUUUGUUCCGCUGCCUAAAGAUCAAGAAACUUUGCCUCGUACUGCCUCCUCUUCUGAGCUACUUGAUGAUAUCUUUGAGAAACUGAAACAAAAGCCAACAAGGAGUCCUGCAGUUGGGUUGGAUUUUGAUGAUCGGGAUAAUGAUAUUCUUCCGAAGGCAGCUAGAUAAUAUUGUUCGAUACAUGUACAGACUCGAGCAACAUAUUUUCUGUAGAUACCCUGGGUACUGAUAGAUAUGUAAACGUACAUUGCAGAUAUAUUUUGAGUUUAUAUUCGCAAAGUGAAGAUUGGCA